AUGUCUCGACGCUCUGCUGUCUAUCCUUACCCAGUCGACCGCGACGACCGCAGCAGGGACGACGACCGUUACCACCGUCGUUCCCAACGACCCCGAGGAGACUCCUAUCGCCGCCCACCUCCUCCACCAGAACCCUCCCGCAUGGACCCUUCCCCUCGCCGCCGUCGCCCCUCAACAACCACAACCACCACAUCAACACCCUCCCAAGGCCCCCCGCCCCGGAAAUCCGUCCGUUUCACCGACGGUGAGCGCCCCUCCACCCGUCGCCCCUCAAGCGGCUCUCAACAACCCAUGCGGCCCAAGACGUUCGCCAAAGACUCCCCGCCCGCGGCGAUAUCCGAGAGCGCAAAGGACACGUCGAGGAGACUUUUCCAUCGACGGCCGAGCGAUGGGGGUCGACCGAGCGCUAGGCCCGCGAUGGUGCAGACGGGAGAUAGUAACUGGACGGUGCAGACGACGAGGGCGGAGAUGGGGACGACGGUUGGUGGAGGUGGUGGGUCGAGAAGGGGAGAGAGGGAGUCUUGGGAGCAUAGGGAGAGGGAGAGGUAUGGGGGACGGUCGAGGAGGCGGUAG